AUGCGAUAUCCAUGUACUGGCUUUCCAUUAUGUUUAAACACAUUUGAAAAUGGUCAUGUUCUUCGUGCUCAUCUAAUCGGAUGUAAAUGUGCACAGGAAAAAUUACAAAAAGAAACUGGUAUUCGUCAAGAAAAGCAUUCGAUUAAAUUUGAUUAUAAUGUUAACGGUAUUAAAACGAAUAAAUAUUAUCCGACAUCUGCCACAUUAGAUCAUUCAAAUAAAUUUUGUAUUAAAGAUCAAUUACACCUGCUGGCAAUAAUAAAAUAA